UUAUUGAUCCAAGAUGGUGGUGCACAUGGCCAGUUGAAGAAACUUGGACAAUUUGCGGCAUGGUUGGAUCAAGGCAUUUGCGAGGGACCGUACUCUCACGAGUUCGCAACCUUCUUCGUUCGGGUGGAAUAAAAAAGCCACCACUUUGGUUUCCAGUGGUCGAGGCAUUUCCUCCCUUAAAGGAGACGAAACUGACUAGAAAAAGUGACGAAGAGUUGAUGCACAAGAUUCUAUACCCUGAAGAUGAAUUCAGAAGGCUUUUUUACAAGAGAUUCAAUACAAGCCAGCCUCUGUCCCUGUGGGGAGAACAUCAUUCUUACUGUGACAGAUUUGUGGAAGGAUGCAUGGAGAAAGUGAACAUGGGGUAUGACAAAGAGAAAGCAGUGGAAAGUAUAGUUAGGGAACUUUUCACUGGUCAAAGCACUGCAAUACCAGAUACUGUGUCUGAGGACUGAAGAGUUUUCCCCUCACAUGUGGAUAAAUAAUAUUACAGAAAAUUGGAUUUUCCAACAGGUGAUCUCAAGAAGUUUCCAUCAGUCAUCUAAGCAGUUAUUUAACCUUGAGGGAAAUUUGUGUAGGAGCUAUGAAAUCAUGAAUUUAACUUCAACAGAAACGGAAGGAACAACAACAUUUCCAAGAUGCAACCAUAGGUAGUUGAGAUGUUUUAGUUUCUGAGCCUUCAAUGUUGUUGAGACAUUGUGAAAAUUUCUGUCCCAAAAAUAUACAAGUCCUUUGCUGUUAUGGUUUUAGGAACUAUUUGUCUUAUGGGUAUGAUAAGAACUUUUUCCUUAAAGCUUUUUGAAAAAUGUAAUUCAAAUACCCAAAUUAAAAGAGCAGAUGUUUGGUGUCACAAAGACACCAUCUGAAGAAAAGAUUCUGUUGUAUGUCCAUGAACAUCCAGAAUUUUAAAAAACGUUUCUCUAAAAAAUCAAUAUUAUUGCUGUGUUUAAGGGUUGCCUUUGUAAACUACGUAUUAUUUAACCCUUCAACUCACCAUUGUUUUAACUAAAAUGACCACAGUUCUAAAAUAAUAGAUUUUUAUUAUUUAAAAAAUCUCAACCAGUGUACAUGUAUGAUAUACACCAACUUCUUUGCCAUAGCCUACCAUGUAGUUUUUCCGACAGAUAAGGGAUUAUAACAAGUGAUAGUUUGGACUAAGGCAACGGGAGAAUCAUGGAUGCUCUAGAACUUAUACAGUAAAUGGCAGCCUUAAUAUUACAAGUUUUACAUACUGUUAGUGAAAUAUUCUUUACAUUGUGUUGUAAUUGAGAUCUCAAUUGCUACCAUACUGAGGAGAAUUUUGAAUGUUGCAAAACUGACCUCUCUGAUGAAAGAUUACUGAAUGAGAGUGUACAAAUCUCUGAAUGUGCCAUCAGUAACAAUGAAGGUUUAAUGAGUGGCUCCAAACAUGCAAUUUGAUUUUACACUGAAUGAAGAUGUCACCUUCUCUUAAACAUUAGACAACCCAGAAGAAUUAAAUACUUAAUCUUGAGCACUUCA